GCUUCAUUUGGACUUCUCGUCUCCUCCUUUUCUUCCUUCUUUUUCUGGUAACCAACAGAGCUUAGUUUGGUGCAGAAGAGGGUUUCUUUCAUAGUAAAAAGGAGGAUGGAAGGUCUCUAACAUUUCCCUAUCUUAAAGGGAAUUCAGGACCAUUUCUGGGUUUUACUGUUGAAUUCGAUAAUGGGUUGGAGAUACAGGACUGGGUUAUUCUUGAUUGGUGGUGUUGUGUUCAUCUGGGUUGCUUCUGCAGAGAUUACACAGAGAAUCUUUUCAAAGUACAAACAACCAUUCACAAUCACUUAUCUGGGGGCCUCUCUUAUGGUGAUCUAUCUACCCAUCUCAGUUCUUAGGGACUGGACGCGCAGCUUCCUACGUAUAAAGUCAUUCAAGAAGCUAUUACGUGCAAAUGCUAUAAUGAGCUCGUCAAUUGGGCUUGAUACUCCCCUUAGAAUUAAUGGAAUGCAUCAUAGUCUAGAAAAAGAGAUGAGAGUUUGCUUGAUUAAUGAUAUGGAUCUUUUUGAAUGGGAAGAAGGAAGGCCUUUGCUUGCUAAGAGCACUGAAGACGAAUCUGACCCACUAAACCGUAGUUGUGAACUUAGCUCAUGGGAAAUCACAAAGUGUAGUUUCUAUCUGGCUCCAUUAUGGUUUACCACUGAGUACUUAUCCAAUAGUGCAUUAGCAAACACAAGCAUUGCAAGUACCACAGUCUUGAAUUCCACAUCUGGACUCUUCACCCUUUUCUUUGGAGCGUACUUUGGCCAGGACUCCAUAAAUAUGGCAAAGGUUGUUGCCGUGUUUGUCAGCAUUGCUGGUGUCACCAUGACAACACUUGGAAAAACUUGGGCACGUGAUGAGACACAGAGCAUAUCAGCGAGUACAACACAGUCCAUGAUGGGUGACAUAUUUGGUCUCCUUUCUGCAGUAGUAUAUGGCCUAUUCACUGUCCUACUUAAGAAAGCCUCUGGAUCAGAAGGAGAAAAAAUUGAUUUGCAAAAAUUCUUUGGAUAUAUUGGACUUUUUGUUCUUCUUGGCCUUUGGUGGCUUGUAUGGCCGUUGACUGCUCUGGGGAUUGAACCAAUUUUUAGAAUGCCACAUUCGGCAUCUGUUGAAGAAGUGGUGUUGCUAAAUAGCUUACUUGGAAGUGUUCUUUCGGAUUACUUUUGGGCCCUUUCUGUCGUUUGGACAACCCCAUUAGUUGCAACCUUGGGCAUGUCACUCACAAUACCCCUGGCAAUGGUAGCAGACAUGGUUAUUUACGGUCGCAAGUAUUCUGCUAUCUAUAUAUUUGGAUCCGUUCAGGUUUUUGCAGGGUUUGUUAUAGCUAACCUCUCAGACAAGUGUUCGUACCAGAUAAACGUAUAGCUUGCCUGAUUCAAAGAAACGAUUUUGACAGGUCUCUUACGUCACUGAAUAAACUACGGAAUUGUUAUAACUGGAUCUUGUGCAAAUUACAUAGAUAAGAUUGAAUAUCUCCUUUUUGUACAGCUAUGAUAGCAAACGUAGUUUUAAGAUAGUGUUUGGCAAUGAAUUAAGUUGCUGCAGAAAAA